GUCCACCGUAUACCGUCGCAACGCCGCCACCACUUUCCUCCUCGCCGCUGGCCGUUCGACCAUCUCUCUCAGCCUCAUCUCCCUCUUUCCCUUCUUAGAUCGACGCCCCUUCCUCUCUCGAUCAGGAUCAACACAUGACGCCCUUGUUUCUCCGUCCAACCACACCGCAUCUCCUCCAACUCCUCCCUUUGGGAUGUACAAAAUGGCAUGCAUGAAACUGGGAUCAAAACCCGAUGCCUUCCACCAACAAGGGCAAGCUUGGUUUUGCACAACAGGACUUCCUAGUGAUGUUAUUGUCGAAGUUGAAGAAAUGACCUUCCAUCUCCACAAGUUUCCUUUGUUAUCAAAAAGUAGCCUUUUGGAAAGGUUAAUUAAGAACUCUGAUGAAGAAGAUAUUGUGACAAGACAGGCUGAUGUUCCUGGUGGUGCACAAGCAUUUGAACUUGUGGCUAAGUUCUGAACUUGUGGCUAAGUUAAACAUUAAAUUCUUACUUAUGGUUAUUGAAGUUAGUGUUGAGUACGUUGACUUCAUGUGGAUCCUACUCUGUGUUGUGUACUAUGAAGAAGAGUGUACUGUAAUCAUGUGUGAACUAUGGAUAUUGUAGAUUCCAGAGUUAAAGUCAUCAGCCUGCAUUAACUUUA